ACGUCACGCUGAAACCGCUCUAUCUCUCGACUGGGGCAAGAUGGCGGCCUCCAUCUCGCGGCAGCUCGAGGAGCUGCUGAACCCUUUGCCGAGUUUCAGGGACCCCGAGGACGACCAAGACGAAGCAACUAUUGCCAAGGUUAUUGACAACUUUGACGAGGGAGAUGAUGAUGGGACAGUUGAUGUUAGCAAACUGCGAAAUCGGGCAUCGGUUUUGCUGUCUGAUACAGACAAGAGGUAUGCUGGAAAGGCAACAUCUCGAAAAGCAUUGGAGCAAGAGACUGGCGAGGAUUCUUUUCCUGAAGAAUCAGAAGCUGACGUGUCACAGGAGGAAAUGGAGGAGGAGGAUGAGAGGGAAGAACUGAAUGAGGACGAGGAACAGGAAGAUGUAGAUGAUGAGAGUGGAGAAGUGACAGCCUUGAGUGACAAGAUGAAGAAGCCGAAUUUCAGCUUCCAGAAUAUCAGUGACUUUGAUAAAUUCACACAGGGAAUGGACGAUGUGGGAGGAAGUGAUGACAGUGGCGAGGAAGAUGAGGAGGAGGAGGAGGAGAAGGAAGGGGACGAUGAUAAAAGUGAGGAAGAGGACGUUGAUGAAGGUGGGGAACAAGACCACGGCCCGGUGAUGACUUUCUCCAAAGAAAAAGUGACCGAGGAGGUUAAGAAAGGACAGUCUGUAAAAAAACAAAUGGCGCUGUGGGAUCAUGUGCUCGAAAGUCGAAUCCAACUACAGAAAGCCCUCCUGACAGCGAAUCAGCUUCCCCAGCCUGAUAUCUUUCCUACGUUUCAAAAGAAAGGUGGCCGAGAAUUUGCUACCGCCUUGAAAGACAGUCACAAAGCGUUGAAGGCGCUGCUGAGAUCACUGGUUGAGCUCCAAGACGAGAUGCUUUUCCAGUAUCCAGACACAAAGCAUUUUGUAGAGGGCAAGAAAGCAAAGCCAGACAGUGACGAGGAGAUAACUAGCGAUGAUGAAAUGGAGAAGGAGAGCGAGGCACCGAGGAAAGGGCCACUGAAAAGGAAGCUUGAGAUGGAUGAAUACCCCGACUUUAUGGCCAAACGCUUCGCUGAUCUCAAAACCUAUCGGAACGCCACACUACAGAAGUGGCACGAUAAGACGAAAUUAGCCUCCGGCAAAAUGGGCAAGGGAUUCAGUGCUUUCGAACGUUCAGUCUUGACUCAGAUCGAGCAGAUUAUGAUGGAUAAAGAAAGGUUGUUGCAACGAACUCAGACAAAGAGGUCCCUGUAUAGAAUUCUCGGGAAAAUGGAAGAGGAUUCUAAGCAAAUUCCAGAGCAGGUGCCUGGGGAAAUGGAGGUUGUGCCACAAGGAAAGUCAAACGCACAUCUGAAAGACAUAGACGAGGAGAUUUUUGAUGAUGAUGACUUUUACCAUCAGCUCCUCAGGGAACUAAUAGAGCGGAAAACAAGCGCUGUAGAUCCGAACGAUCAGAUUGCCAUGGGACGGCAGUGGCUCGCUAUCCAGAGGCUACGCAGUAAGAUUAAGAGAAAAGUGGAUACCAAAGCCAGCAAAGGCAGAAAAGUUAGAUAUCACGUGCACAACAAACUGGUGAGUUUCAUGGCACCUAUUGACCACAGUGCGAUGAACGAUGAGGCAAGGACUGAACUGUACAAAUCUCUGUUUGGAAAAAUCAAGCCAGCUGAGGCAGAAAUCUUCCAGCCUUAAGAAUUGGGUCACGUUUUGCUCCAGCAAGGUGGAUCUCAACUCCUCAGCCAUUCUUGGAAGUCAGAAACGGCUUUAUCACUUCUCACCACAUAGAUGAAUGACCUCCCACAAAACCUGCAGCCAAUUCAGCAUGCAGUCUAUUCUGUGAAGCGAUUUGAGACGUCACAACCACGCAAUACGUACGGUGCAAUAUCAAAUGCAGAGAUUAUUAUUAUUACUAUGACCUGCUUUUUACGGGGAGUUCAAAAGCUUGUACUGACGUGCGAUUGUUACAGCGCGAGUGAGUUGAAUUUUACUCCUCUCCUGGUAGGUACAGGGUGAGUCAAAAGUCUGUAUAAGAUAUCAAACUGCAGGCCAUGUGGACAUUUACACGUGUCAACUCAGUGACAAAAUCUUUCACUAACGCGAUGAAAGACAUUUACCGUAAUUGCUCCCACUCUCUACCAAUAUUAUCUUUUAAAAAGACAACGUAACUAAUAAUUAAAACCUACAAGUAAGGACUUCUGAUUCACCCUGCAGAAUCGGCUCGACCAAAUGUUUUAUUUAUUCACCUUUUUAAAUGAUCUUCGUGAGAUCAGCAAGUGAUUUCUUCGCCCCAGCGGACAGCGUUUUUGUGUGUGUGUUUUUUUUUGUUCCUGCAGCAAAUAUUCACCAUCGAGAGCAAACAACGAACAAAUGCGUUGCCUCGGGGUAAUUUUUUUUUAUAUAGCUUUUAUUGAUCGGAGGAUUUUUAUGUGCGUUAUGCAACCUUGUAAUUUGAAUACCUGCGUCGCGCAAACAAAAAUUAUUGCUGUUUUAGGAAAGGUGUAUUUGAUAAAGAUUAAAAGCAGUUCACUGAAAAUGGCGCUCU